AUGUCGUGUAUACUAGACCCGUAUGAAGAGUGUUCAGCGCCGAGAACAGUGUUGAUUGAAGGAGAACCUGGUAUGGGAAAAACCACCUACUGUAAAAAGUACGCCUACGACUGGGCCACAAAACAGCAAGAGCCUCAGGGCUGCAGCGCAACAGCAUUCAAAGCAGUAUUGUUGCUGAAAUGUCGAGACAUCUAUUCUGAUGUUUGGGGUUAUUGAUGAUCAACUUCUUCCCCGAGACAUCGAUGAAGAAGUCAAACAACUAUUCUUUCACUUUAUUCGUGAAAAUCAGUCCAGCAUUUUAUUGAUAUUGGAUGGAUUGGAUGAGUUACCAUCCGGCAAAUUGUCGAUGUUUUCCGAAUUAAUUGAGGGAAGAGUACUCCCCAGAUGCCACAUAGUUACAACAGCAAGACACGAAACUGGAAAAGAGGUGAGAAAAUGCUGCGACACGCUGCUUGAGAUCGAAGGGUUCACUGAAAACCAUGUGAAAGGAUUUAUCACCAAGUACUUUAAAGAAAGGCCGGAUUUAGCCGCCAAGCUCUCGGAACGAAUGUCCCGAGAUAAAAACCUGACAGAAAUGGCAGCCAAUCCCCUAAACACAGCACUUCUUUGCCUUUUGUGUGAAGAGUUUGAGGGCACACUCCCCGAAAACAGAGCUCAACUUUACUUGGAUAUGAUUGAAUGUGUCUUGAGAAGAUACAGGAAAAAGAAGGGACUAUCAGAAAAAGGAGAGGACCUGACUAACCUUUACAAACCGCAAUUGAAUCACCUUGGGUCAGUGGCCUUGAAUGGUUUACUUAACGGCAAAUUGGAUUUUAAUGAAAGUGAAUUGGCAAACCAUGCAAAAGAGUUAACUGAGUUUGGAUUUCUGUCAGUACAGCCUGGUGGCAGCAAAUUGAGACAAAAACUGCAUUAUGCUUUCUUACAUAAAAGUUUUCAAGAAUGCUUUGCAGCAUUCUUCAUUUGUUCUCAGAUUCAAAGUAAGGAAAUUACACUUGAAGAACUAGUUUCCGAUCCAAGGUAUUUCGUUAAACUUAAAGAAGUACUUUUGUUUUCAUGCGGAAUUUUAGCCAUGAAAUGCGAUGAAGGAGUUGUGGCUCUUGUAAAGAGUUUAACAAAUGAAGUCAACAAAAAUGCAGGCAGUGGUACAAAAGUUGUAUUGGAGGCCAUUAACGAAUGUAAAAGAGAAAAAAGUGAUUUUCACUCACAGUUAGCAAAGUCGUUUGGAACUGGUUUGAAACUCACCAAUUUGAAUUUGUCUGGCAUUGGUUUUAGUGACGCCGGUGCUACAUCUAUUGCUGAGGCAAUCGAAGUCAACAAGACGCUCACCAAUUUGAAGUUGUCUCGCAAUGGUAUUAGUGAUGCCGGUGCUACAUCUAUUGCUGAGGCGAUCAAAGUCAACAAGACGCUAACCAAUUUGAAUUUGUCUUUCAAUUGUAUUUGUGAUGCCGGUGCUACAUCUAUUGCUGAGGCAAUCAAAGUCAAUAAGACGCUAACCAAUUUGAAUUUGUCUUACACUCGUAUUAGUGAUGCCGGUGCUACAUCUAUUGCCGAGGCAAUCAAAGUCAACAAGACUCUAACCAAUUUGAAUUUGUCCGACAAUGGAAUUAGUGAUGCCGGUGCUACAUCUAUUGCUGACGCAAUCAAAGUCAACAAGUCUCUGACCAAUUUGAAAUUUUCUUUGAAUCGUAUUCGUGAUGCAGGUGCUACGUCUAUUGCCGAGGCAAUUAAAGUCAACGAGACGCUAACCAACUUGAAUUUGUCUUACACUCGUAUUGGUGAUGCUGGUGCUGCAUCCAUCGCUGAGGCAAUUAAAGUCAACAAUACUCUAACCAAUUUGAAUUUGUCUGACAAUGGUAUUAGUGAUACCGGUGCUAGAUCUUUUGCUGACGCAAUCAAAGUCAACAAGAUGUUAGCCAAUUUGAAUUUGUCUGUCAACCAUAUUAGUGAUGACGGUGCUACAUCUAUUGUUGGUGCAAUCAAAGUCAGCAAGACGCUAACAAAUUUGAAUUUGUCCAGCAAUUAUAUAAGUGAUGCCGGUGCCAGAUUUAUUGGUGAGGCAAUCAAAGCCAAGGAGACUGACCAAUUUGUAUUACGAUGGUAUUAGUGUCCACGGUGCAAAUUUAUUGCUGAGGCAUUCAAGGUCAGCAAGACUGUGACCAAUUUGUAUUCGCCACUCAAUGAUAUUAAUGUUGAGUUUGCUAGAUUUAUUGCUGAGGCGAACGAAGACGACAAGAAUGUCUGAGAAUGUGAUUGGUGAUGACGGCAUUAUAUUAAGUUUUUGAAGUAUUUGAGGUCAACAAAACCAGCGGUGUUCUUUUGUGGCGAUUCCAUUGCCGCAUCUUUAUUUUGCUGAAGUGAUUAAUGUUAAAAAAAAACUGCGGGUUUUGUAUUUAAAAGAUUAUCAUAGAUAUUUAUCAUUCACGAACAGCAACAUUUUUUCCAUUCUUUCCAAGUUUCGAGUGCCUUUCUUUCACUAUAAACCAAAACAUUAAAAAUUUAUAGGCACUGAUUUUUAUUUCUGUUGCGAUCUGCAGAGCCAUUCCAUGAAAUUUGUCCAAUGAAAACUUUCUAAUGGGGAGGUGUGUGGGCGUGGUAAAUAAAAUGGUAAUGUAUUGCCAGUAGAUGCUUGUUACCACGAAGGCCUAGGACUUAAUGACGAGUCAGAAGAUAUGCAAUAAACAGGCUGUGGGAAGAUAAGGAUUGGUACCAAUUAUAAAUUAUUUCUUAGAGAGACUGGCAGAUAGAACUCCAACAGAUGGUAAAUAUAGAGCUGAUAGAGUGUUUUCACUCACUGUAUUUGUUUGAUUAAACGCCGUGGCGUUUAGUAAAUUUUUUGUGGCUCGAGUGCGGCGUUUAUUCAAGGGUGGCGUUUUCACGAGGGCGGCAUUUACUUAAAAUCCAAUUUAUUUCUUGCAAACAAUAGUAUGGUUAGUAACCAUUUUAAUUUUAAAAACAAAAACAUGUUCCAUUGCUCGUUCUCGUUUUCACAACUUGCACGUUAAUACUACUGCAAUACUUAAAGUGAACAUAGCUCACUCAAUUUCAUGUAACUGUCCUCUUUAUGAUCCGAAUCCAAAAGAUAUAAUAGGCUCAACUCGCAGCUUAGGAAAGUUUUUUUGUGGGUAACUCCGCUCGAGAAACGAGAAUCCACUGCGAAAUGGUUUUUCUCGAGGAUGCUUUCAAAUUUUCGGCAGCUGUUUCUUCGUAAAUUCCCGCGGUACCCAGCCGUUAAUCAUUCCUUUUUUAGAGCAAGCGGCCUUGAACGACUUGUUUCAGCAAGCAUCCGGUGCCUGGAUAAGCUUGGUGGAGCCUUCUGGCACAAUUACUCGCUCGAUUUUUUUUCGGACUGCAAUGUGUAAGCAAUGCUAUCUUAAAUGUGGCAGUCGAAGAAGUCCCAGGCUGAUAGCAAUCAACCACCAACCUGAAUAUCACUGCUUUAGGGCCUGUUUAAAAAAUGUGGGGGACCCAGGUAGGUGAAAUGACCUGCCUAGCCGUGGUCUAAAGAUAUCCCGCGUUUACAUACAAUCUUACAACCCCGGCGACGUGUGGUAAAACGUUGCUGAAAAAGCAUAAGUUUCUUUCGUUUAAGAUUUUCGCUAAUAGCUCUAUGCUUGACCGUUUCCGUGAUGUUUUAACGUUUAAACUCUGCGUGGGACGACUAGGAAAUGUACAAAGUCUUAACACACUCGUGUUUCGCUUUUGUUGUGCUCAUUUGAUCUUUUGUAACAUGAUCGCGCCCCCCCCCCCCUCCCGGCUGAGUGGGCUACCCAACCUUGAGACGUUUACAUGCCCCACACAGCAGACAGGGCCAAGACGGGUCACCCAACCUGUCACGUAAACGUGAUAAAGAUAAAAUAAGAGAUAAAAUGGACGGGCUGGUUACCCCUCCUAGGCAGGUUACCUCACCUACCUGAGGUUACCCACCUCUAUCAAAACAGGCCCUUAGUAGACAUCGAUAUGCUUUUUGAGUCUAUUAUUCGAAGAAACGCUGCGUCGUGAUGCAGCAUUUAUUUGAGGACGGAGUUUAUUAACAUUUCUGCUCUAAAAUACGGCAAUUAUUCUAGGGCGGCGUUUAUUCCAGGACGGCGUUUAAUCGAAUAAAUACGAUACAUUACAUAUGAAGACAAGCAAUUUUAGAACGUAAACCGACAUCUCCGAAGUCAUAUAAUGCUUAUAAAAAAUUGAUCUAUUCUAAAACAGAACGGGACCCAAUUGUUCAAAGGGUGGAUAACGCUAUCCAAUGGAUGCAUCGCUAUCCAGCGGAUAAGUGUUAACAAAGAAUACUGCACCAUCCAUAAGAUGGAGAUUUAUACAGUGGUUAUCGUUAUCGAACAAUCAGGACCAGGUGGACAACAGUUAGCCAGUAGAGUGAUCUUAACAACACGUGGUACUUACAGUUAACGAUUUGGAGCACAACUAAAUAAGUGGGUUUUUGCUAAGUUUUUAAUUUCUAACAACAAAACCGUGUAAAGGAAACAAAAAAUUGCAAACAUAUUAAUUUUUCCCCUACAAAGCCAUAAUGGUAGGAUUAAGAAGGACAGUAAAUUGACUGCUGCUAAAGCAACGCUGCUAUGCUCCCUCACCUCUCGUACAACCCCUCCCCUCCCACCCCCCUUCGCUCCUUACCCUACAAGAGCCAUGAUCCCUCCUUUAACUACCUGACCACACAGGCUGGAAGGAGAGAAAACUUAAAAACUCAGCAGAAGAAAAAGAGAGGAAGUCUCCGCCCCUUCCCCUUCCACCUCAUUUGCUUUCGUGGUCAAAACCCAUUUUCAGUCUUUCCUGGGAGUGGCUUCUGAUGUUUGAUACCAAUAUAUCCUUCGGGGAAGAGAAAUGAAAACAGGAAAAAUUCUGAGAGCAAAGGUAGUAUUAAUCAUAUGCCAAUGUUAUAUGUAUUGCACUGAACUGAUUUAAGAACCCCGAUGGCUUUUCCAUAUUUUUAAAGUCGUUUAAAGCCACGCACCUUACAAUCAAAUCACAAUCAAGCUGUCUGCAGUAACCUGUGUGACGUUUUUUAAAACAUUAUUCUCAAAGAUGUACUAUCUGUUGAAAUAUCUGCUUCAUUCCAAUAGAGGAAGUUUACUACGCUAUUAUUUUUACACUUCGGUUACCGAAGCAAUUUUACUGACAUGCGAUAUCAAGGAAACAGGAAGGAACAAGUUUGCUUGGAUACUAGGGAUUUGGUCGAGAUUAUACUGAAAUACCUGUGGUGAAAGAUGAAGGAAACCAGUUAUAAAGGUUAAUUAAGAGAAUAGUGUACUAAAAUAAGGAUAUGCAGGAAAGAGAUUUUUAUAUGAAUUCUGCGAAUGGAUAAAAACUUUAUAAAAAAAAACGUCUACUCAUUUUGCUCUCAGAGUCAUGUAAAGAGUUUUAGAGACCACACUUUAUUUAUCACCGUGGUAUGGAGGAUUUUUUUUAAGAGAAGGGAGGGGUGGUGAGGGUCUCGUGGUUUCCAAUGAACGGAGGGUGAUCAGUCGUCGUUAACAGAGUUUUAAGGGGGACUGUGGAGAAUUGACCACCAAUGCACUGUCAAUGAGGGGGAAUCAUAAGUAUAUUAGGGGGGGAGCAGAGAAAUUUAAUCAACAUAAAAAUCAAAUCAAGACAUAACCAAAAUCCUUCAGCCCCCCAUGGGCGAUAAAUAACGAGCAACUCCUAGCAACAAGAGGCUAGUCUUUCUCAUCGUUUAACUCAGGGUACAAUUCAGAUUUUAUCUUCACUUUUUGAGCUGGCACAGAUAAAUUGAAAGUUAUCGAAAUACGUACAAAUAUUUUUUAGUGGAGCUCUUUGAAGUAUUUAUUGGGCAACUUUUCCGUCGAUGACUACGUAUUGUCUGCGUCCUCCUUCAGUUUCGUCGGAAGGAAACCAUGGUCUAUGAGGUCAGAUGCUUUCUUGUAAUCAAUAAAUACCAGCCCUGUUGCACUGUUUUUGUCUAAGUCAAGGUGCAGCUCGUCGAUUAGUCGAAUGAGGGCGGUCUUUGAUCAAUUUCAAAGUUUCCGUGAGUCGUGCCUGUUUCCAGUAUGCUUGCUUUGUUUGCUUAAUUAAGUUAGUUACGCAAUUUUUCGCACGUCUGAAAUUUAACUUUGAUUCGGCUUUUGAUUGAUUUGAUUGGGAUAGAGUCGCAAAUACAAGCGUGAAAGGCAAGUGUCACGUUCUCGAUUGCGGUUGCGCGACAAUCAGGAUAACGUCGUUGAAACCGUGUACCGCGGUAACCUAUUUACUCUGAAUCUGGUUUACUGAACAUUGUUUUAGGUCACAUGGCACGUGGUGGAAAAACUAAAAAUGAAAAAUCAAGGACCAAGUAAACAAAAAUACUCGAACCAAAGACGUGAGAAAACGAAAAUAACGUCGAAAGAAGCCACCACCUACAUUGUCCAACUUCUUAGAAAAAAACAAAAAACGCGGUAUUUUCCUUCUGCUCAUUUUCCUGGUACGAUUUGAAGCCUACAUGCGUUCUUUCGAGUUUCUUCCUAAGUGUUCAAUUACAUUCCAAAAUUAGUUAAACGAAUUACGAUUAUUAAACUUUAACUGAAAAAAAUGUUCGAGCGUGACUCGCAUCUCAAUAAGAGUAUCUGACCGAGUUUUCAAGGGGUGUUAGGGAGGAGGGAAGGGGCGGAUUCUUGCCCCCAACAAUCUUAUAAUGUCAGAAGACGAACGGAUCACUCGGAGAUUUAGCUUGAAAACGUUAUCUGACGCUAAUACGCCCAAAUAUACUGAAAAAAAUAAAAAAAACCCACACAGGAUUAUGUUAGUACUAUAGAAGGGGAAAGUUUAUCUUCCUUUGUCAGUGGAAAGGUGCAAAAUUGAGAUCAUCAAGUGAAAACGGAAAGUUUUCGAUUGCAAUGUGAGGUUCGAAAAAUCUAUUCGUGUCUCAAUACAAUUUUAAGACGCGUGACCUGUACCCGAGGUACCAUGAAGGGAAUCACGCGAUGUUGCAUAGAGGCAACUUUAACGACAACUCCUUUGCAGCUUUAGGAUAAAAAAUGUUGCUCAUUGUUUAUGUGAACCUUAAAAGAAUCCUAUUUUAAUUCUUUUGAAACGAUGUUUCUUCCUGAGGCCGAGGAAAGUCUUGCAAAGUUAGUUUUCAUUGCGUGACUGUGUAACUCGGUUCCAGGUGCUAUGUUUAAUUUGGUAAAUAAUGUCAUCUGCGCAUGUCAUGAAUAACUUUCUCCUCUGAGUCCGUUUGGGUACUCCCUUCGUCAGUUCUCUCGUCGGAAGAUCAGAAAACAGGAGAACAGUUGACCCGAAGAAAGUGCAGGUGCAGACAGAACAGUAAAGUUAUUCACUCGGCAACUUAAACUUGAACUUCAAUAAUCCUUUGUUCACUUGUAGUUUUGAACUCGCGUGAAUGUGUAUAAUUAUGAAACUUUCAACAUGAGUCUUAGGAGAUAAUUAAGCGUAUGUUGAACAUAUAUUUGAUACAAUGGCUACUUUUUUCUCUUUACAGAACGACUACCUAGCCUCUUUGCCUUCCCUGGGUGAAAUUAUUUCGUUUGAAGCACCGUUCUCGAGGAGAUCAUGUGAAGGGUAAGUUGAUCCAUGAAUUAUGAAUUGAUGCGCACUAAAAAUUUGAAUUUUAUGCUUUAGUAAGGGUCUGUUUUGUGUUCAGACCAACUGUUUUACUUUCAGGAGUCGUUUCUGAUCUAGAUUGAAGGGAGAGGGAAAUGCUUUAGUGAAGAUCGGAAAAAUGUAAUGCGUAUCAGUGAAGGCGGAAGUUGCCAUUUUUGGACGCGUGUGGAAACUGAAAGUGAAACCUUUCCACACAGUUCGUUUUCCGUUGCUAGAGCACGACUUGCUUUCUCUUAUUCAAUAGAACGUUUUCCGAGAACUCGAGUCAGACGUUAUUUGUCAAUGGGAGAAUUAAUGUGCCAUCAAAUUCAAUCUGAGAUUAAAGCAUGCAACAUCUAGGUACAAAUAAUUUUGUUAAUGGUUGCCGUUGAGUUACUCGCUCAUGAUUAUAACACAUUCUAAAGUUCCCGUAUCAACACCUGCUCAGGGGUGUGAAUAAAUUAGUUCAUCGUGGCUGCCUAUGUGUUUAUUCUUUGUCAAUUUAAAUACUAUGUUGCUUAACAAUUCCACACGAAGUACAUAGCCCAAGUUUCCCAAAAACCAUCUACGUUUUCCUUUGCAAUUCGUCGAAUGACAUAUUUACAAAUUAGAUUUCCUCAGUUCCCAAUUCAACCUGCCGUGUUCUAAAGUUAGCAGGCUAUUAUAUGAUUCCUUUUAAGUUCAAUUAUUUUCGAACAACCCCUUUUCAGCAUGAUCAAGUGAAACAGUUUUUAUGUCGUUGUGUAUGUCUUUCAGAUUGUCCUAAAGCUUUCUUCAGUUCAUUACACUGUUCAGUAGCAACAAUUACUGCCUCAAAUAUAGCACCUUAAAUGUAAUUUUGGUGACUGUCAUUAUCUAUCACAUCUGAUUCGUAUUAUUUUAUGGUUUUCUUUUGCAGAAAUUAUGACAUGUUCAUCAUUUCUGACAGACAUAUUGUGAUUUCUUGAAGGCAGGAAAUCUAAACAAUGUAUGUAUUGAUCUUCUUCUUCUUUCUAUUUUCUUGUAACACUUUUCCCUCCAUUUUUUCUCUCUUUAAAUAUGAUACAUAUGUUUGAGGAUUUUUUUGUGUCUUAUUCUCAUGGGAAUGAAAAAUGUUUAUAUUAUUAUGUGCUAUUCUUUUUUUCAUGAAUAUCAUUUUGUUUUGAAUAUGAAACAUGAAAUUAAAGUAGUAAGAGAGGACACUAAUUAAAUUCGCAUCAAUCUUUAUCCAGUGGUUUAAUCCUUUGAAUUAACACCCAAGAGUAAAGCUUGAAUGUUGUCAUCCUUCAAUAGUUUUUGACACCAUGUCUCAUCAUUGCAACAAUUGUGUAAACAAUCCAACAUGUUUAAGGUAUUUAUAAAUUGCCUUUACAUAGAGCCAUUAACAGCCAAAAUGUCUGUGUAAAAGUAUACUUCAUCAGAUGGCCAGAGUGAUUUUUAGGGGAUGGUAAAAAUAACAAAAACCGUCCUGGCCCAUUCAAUUUUACAACUGCUUAAAUGGUGAAAUUUAAAAUAUUUCAUAAAUAGCCCAAUCAUGGAUUUUUGAAAUAAAUUAAGGAGACCCUAAAUUGUUUAAAAAAUAGUAAUCUGAAAGUUGACUUUGCAUGAAAUUGCCAAAAGAGGCUUUUUAUUUUUGUCCAGUGAAAAGUGUAUGAAAAUAGCUGGCAUGCUGACAGGUUUAGAAUGAUUUAAGUAAGCCACAUGUAUUCCCAAAAUCUCACCAGAGGAACAAAACUAACAGAACUCAACACAAUGAAGAACUUGCAGAUAGGAUUUUUUCCAAAAUGGGUCUACUUUGUAAAUGAGAGCAAAAUAACAUUAUUUUGUUAGGGACAUUACAUAGUGUUGGUAACAAAAACAGUCCUCUUUUUUUGUUUUCUCUGAAAUUAAAAACCAGUUUUUUUGGUCUGCUUUGCUCCUUUUUUAUUUUCAAGGGGCCUAAACUUGAGUGUUGUAAAUCACCAAAAUCGUGGAAAAUUUCAAGAAAAAAUAAAGCCCACUUUAUGUUAUGGACAUUAUGUUACAGACAUUACAUAACAGACAUCACAUUAUAGACAUUAUGUUAUGGACAUUGUGACUGCAUGACUUUAAUAACGGUAAUUCUUUUGGGAGAAAUAAAUGCUAUAUGCAUACCAAUUUUGUUCAAAUUUAUCACAUCCAAGUUUUCAGUGUUUUUGACUAAACACAAAUAACCAUAACCAUAACAACAACUGUACAUUAGCAGUAGCAACACCAUGCUGACAUGAAGAGUAUAAAUUUUCAAAAAGUUGGAGUCCAGAUUUGAAUUAAGUUUACUGAAAGACAUAUAUUUAGAGUCAGUACCUUCUUUUAUAAUAUCUGAAGAUAACAAAUUAAAAUAUAACAUGCAAUGUUUCAGAAAUGUAGCUUAAAACAAGCAAUACUUCAACUUUCAAAGACCAUUUCACUGAUAAUAUCGUCAAGAAAGUUGUCAAUUCAUGCAGUUCAGUGCAGUGUAACUUUCCAAAAUAGUAUCAACUGGCUUAUUAACAGUUGAAAUGAAUAGUACUCUUACAAAAAGUUCAGAACAAUCCAAGUUUUGUAAUUAAAGCAGUGUUUAACUACUGCAAUCUGCAGCUAAGUUUGAUUAUUUAUUUGAAAACAUUUUCUUUUUGAAGAUAUUUAAAAAGCCUCUUGAUAUAUGAAAGACUUGGAACAUGGAAACGUCCAGUGCCUUUAAGCUCUUUGGAGUCAUAGAAGACUCUUCUCUUGUGGAAAAUAUCAAUAUUGCUUCUCAGAGGCCAGUUAAAUGUUUUGACAACUUGGUGAAGAAAUUUGAUUUCAACCUCAUUAUCAGUAACCCUAAGGGCUCUUCCAAUGUAAAACUUGGUGUCACACUUAAGAAAUCUGCACCAGAAAGCAAGAACCAAAAGACAGCAGAAACACUAGUUAGAGCAUGCUGAUUAAAACUGAAUCAUAAGGAGCAUGCUCUUUAUGGAAUACUAGAUACCACCAUUACAUGUACACCUGAGUUUAGUAUUGAUGUUAUGAUUAUCAGCUGAACCAAAAAAGAGAAUUAACUUGUAAUUGGGCCUGAUUAAGAUAAAUUUAUCAGUUCUGACAAAGUCAAUUAUCAAAUGUUCAUAUUAAAUAAAUAAAAAUAUUCCCUUAUUCUUACCAGUGUAAGAAAAAGUUCCAUAGCAUAAUGUCUGUAACAAAAAUUGUGUAACUACAUAAUAAGGAAUACAACUAGAUUUUAAAGUUAUGCAAUCUGCACAAUGUGUUGAUGUGUUGUGUGUGUGUUCUCAUUUUUGUCCCUAAAAUCAUAUGGAGGGUCACAUUUGGUCAGCCUUUGUGAAUCAUGGUGGUUUUUGUUGUUUUUGUUGUUGUUGUUUGUUGUUGUUUUUAAUUCUAGUUGACUUUUGAUAAUUAUAAAUGAAUAAAGGGGGUUUAAGUUUAUAAGGAAACUGUGGUACUGCCUUGGUGGGAGAGUAUACCAGGAUAAUUUAGUAUUAUCAGUUGAGUAGAUAAGGUUUAAAAAGAUGACAUUUUGAGUGUUAGCCCUUUGUCAGAGCAAACAAAUUGUCAGCUUUUAACCUCAUCGCAGAGGUGAAUUUACAUUUAUUUAUCAACUCGGCUGACAAUAAGAAAGUACUUUGAUACAAUAAUAUAAUGUUGCCAUUAAUACCACUUAUAACCUUGGGGCACCUGUUAGCGCCCUUAUUUGUGACUGUCAUUGUCUUUCAUAACUGAUAUAUAGUAACUGUUGUUCUGCUGCUUGUCUUUUCAGACUUUCUGACUUUAUCCCUAAUUCAAGGGUUAUUUUCUUGAACCCAGGAAAUUCUAUACAAGGUAGGAGGACUUGCUGCUCUUUUUUUCUCUCAUUUUUGAAACUUGCCUUCAUUUUGUCAAUCUCUAAAUAACCCUUUCUCCUUACAAUAUCAACACAAUAUCAACCAGAUAAGUGAUGAUCAAGAAAUCUAUAAAUUUGGGGAUGAUUAGUUGAUCCAAUACUAAAUUCUCUGAAGUAACAAUAUAAGGAUUGUGUGGUUGGGAGUCUUAGGAGAAUUACAAAUUUGAUGUGGGAGUUAAAAGAUUAACAAUUUAUUUGCUGGGAAUAAUCGUGUCCUGUUUGCAUAUGUUUAAAAUUCUGCAUGCUCUUAUUUCACUCAUAUCUAUGUGAGUAUUUAUUAUUUUGCCUGGUAUUUAUGUUAUAUCAAGAACUAUGCAUGCAUGAUAUUAUACCUAUUUAAUUAUGUUGUGAUUAUAUUUGGCUACAAACUUGUGGAAAUACCAGAAAUAGUUAUAUUAAUAUAAUAAUGGUAAUGGCAUUGGUACAAUUUUGGGUCUGUUCAUGGAACUGCAAGUGUUGUAUGAUGAUCAAACAGUAAAAUGUGCACUGAUUUUACUGGUUUUGAUCAAUCUACCAAAAUGAAUUUAUUGUGAUGCUCAUUACAUAGAUGAUCUACUUUUGAGAGUGGAGGUGUGUGAUAUUCUUUGGAGACUCUGCAGUUAUUUAAGUGUUUGUCUGCUUGCUAUCAUCAUUGUAGGGCUGCAGUGGCUAAGAGAAGUUUCAUGUGAGUGUAUAUAUCGACUAUUCUUGCGUGUGAGUCCAGGUGAUACUGCAUAUAUGGAGCUUCUCAGUUUUAUCAAUUGAAGUAGUUGUCUCAGGGCAGCUAGCAGAGAGUUUUUUCUCUCAGGUAUAACUGACUUGUGGGCUGUGUUCUGCAGAUUUGUAUGGUGUUUAGUGUUUUGGUGAAGUGUUAGGGAAACCUGAUGUUAUGCUGAGAGAUUUUUUCACUUGUGGUUGAUCUGAUAACACUUGUAAGCAUUAUGUUAAAGGAGAUUGCACACUGGUUUUUAUCAAUUAUGCAAUUUUUGGUCACCCACUUAUAGGGCAGUACAUGACGUAUUUAAAAUCCCCAAGUACAUGUGUUGCAUGGUGCUUGUGGAUGAUGAUCAUUCUAGUUUAUCACCCACUACAUUGUUGUUUCAAUAUUGUUAUCAAUAGUUUGUCCUUGUGGGAGUGGUGAUGGAUGAUGCCUCAGCAAUGUUGCUAUAACAACUGUUAUUUUGAAAUUUCUAUGGUCAUUCUAGGAGUGGCCAAUUGAAGGAUGCAUAUACUCCGUGUGAUCAUGCAAUUGUAUUGAUGUAUAUCUUUCUUUGUAAAAGGAUCUUGGUAAACAUAUGCCCGAGAUUGUCUGGUUGAUUAUUUGAGGUGCUAGUUGAUGAGAGAUUUGAACUUCCAAGCACUGCAACCCCAGGUGCCAGCUGUGUUUAGAUGUUUGUUUUGCUGUAAAUAAUUAUGGGUCAGGGGCAGCUAGAAAAUAUGGCUAUGGCACUGGUGACAAAUGGAUAGUAAUGCUGCACUUAUCCUUAUCAUAGUGGCCAGAGCUUCUUUUUACUGUCGGACUUUGUAAUCGUUUGAAAGUGGUGGUGUAUACCAAGACUGCAGUUUAUUUUGAUGUCUGGGGCUUUGUUCGUGUAAGGAUUAAUGCACUGGAACACCAAUUGGAGAGGUAAAAAUAAGUGUCACUCAUGCCGAAUUAAUCCUUUGGUCGGAUAAUUUGCAACUGAAGGUUGUUGGUGAGAAAUUUACUAAUUCAGUCUGAGUUCUCCUCUCUUACCCAGGAAUAUGGAAAAGGUGUAGUCACAGAGUUGGUUAUUUCGGUUGACAGAAUAAUAAAUGUCAGUGGUUGACGACCUGCCAGCAGUUUGUGGAAGGAGUGCUAGAUAUGAACCUAGUAAUUAAUGGCCUAGCUCACCAUAGAUCUAUAGUUGCUGGUCCUGGCUUAGGGGAGGGUGGAAUUGGCUGAAGGUCUAAAAUUCAACUUCUCAUGGGGAUUCUGAUUUUCUUCUUUGUCGCAUGUACAUAACAGGGCAUAAAAAUAUAUUUCUUCUGGUAAAAUAAUGUUUACCAAACCAUUGGAAAACCUUUCAGCAGAAUUAAGCUCCAUUGUUAAAAAUUAUAUUCCUACUGGCCUCAUGAGAAUGCAUGGUGAUUGGAUGAUGCUUGUGCAGGUCUGUUGAAUGCUUUUGAUCACAUUUAGCUGCUUUUUCAUUGCAGUUUCAGUUGCAGAUAGAGGUUGCAUUCCCUUCCUUUUGCUGCUGCAUGUAGAACAAGGUUGUCUGUUGAGUUUCUUCUCCCUUAUUGUAGUGGUAACUGCAAGAGGUAGAUUUUGCUGUUAGACACACACAUUUUUGCCAGUGGACACAUUUUUUCAUGAAGGUGAUAAUAUUACGGAGACUUUUAAGUCUGUUGACUUAGACGUUAUUGUUUCACAGUUUAAUGAACUGAGAAACCACGUUUUGUACUGGUACAUGAGCUUCAAUGACCCUGUAUUGUAUUGGUGACAAUUAGAGUUACCUUCAUCUGGUAGAGUUAGUACAUAGCUUAAAAAGGUGCAUUUUAUAUCAGUGACUGUGCAAUCUGUUUUCUAGGGCUGUACUGGUCUAAUCAUCAAUAAGUAGAGAAACCAUGAAUUGACAGAGUUUUAGAAGUGCUUUUAAUGUCUCCAGGUGCGAUAAUGAAAUAGGGACUAGGGAGGAAAUCUACAAAUUCCUUUUAAGCUGCUCCUCCAUCCAGGAAUGUGAGUGCUGGGAGGGAGACCUGGUGUCAUGUUGAGUGAUAUACCUGUAAGGAAUUACAUUUAUUUUUGCACUGAAAGGAAUGAUUAAUACCCGGUAUUGCCUAAUCCCAUGAAUAUUGGGAUAGUUAGGGUGUGUAACAUGAGUUUUGGCAAGUUGACCCAUAACCAGUCUUUUUAAAUGGUACCCUCUUUCUGUAGGCUGCUAUUUAGUGAUUGUUGUAAACACGGUGACCUGAAGUAAUAUUAUUUCCGUAUUUGUUGUGUUGGUAUUUCCUGGUGUAGUCACCGAGUUGGUCUAUUAACUGAGCUGGUAACAGACUCAUUCCCAUAUUGACGACAACUUUCCUAGCAUAGUGUAGUUUGCUUCUGAUUAUGUAGUUUUUGUCCUUGUUGGGAUGGUGAUGGAUGAUGCUUUUGCAAUCAUUCUUCAAGUGACCAAGUUGUAGUAGUGAUCUUUGCAGGGUGGUAAAUGGAGGUUGUGCAGUCUUGCUUUGAUGUUUCACUGUAAUUUAUAUAUUUGUGUCUGCUUGUGGAUCGUUUUGGAAAACUUAUUUCCCCUUAACCUGUCAAAUCGCUUUUCAUUUCUGUUGUUUAUGUCUCUGGUUGUUACUUUGUAAACUGAAAAACAAAAAUCUUUCUUAAUCUAAAAACUGGGUUGAAAUGAAAAAUCUCAGAUUAAAUCUCCCAUUAGGUUCUUUCGUUGGUGUUCCUUGCUCACAAGGAUUUAAAAAAUGACAUCACGAUUUGAAACCAUUCUCGGUCUCAAUUGGCUUUCGGGAGUUGUUUUUUCGAAUGGGUUUGAUUAGCAUCACUUAAUGUCAAUUCUCUUUUUGACAGGUCAUCCUGGAAAAGUUAGAAUUAUGGCUACGGCUAUUUCGCCAUUUGCGUCUACGAAAGAGACUACCAACUAUGCAAGGCUAUGCCGCCUCCUGGUGGAUGUUGGAUCUCAGGUGCUUCGGUCCACUUUUGACACAAUACAUCCACCAGCGACUCUACAUACAGUUUUGGGAAGUACCUCAGUGCAUUACGCCACAUUGCAAUCACUGUACAAAGGGAGGAAGAAAGUGCUGAAUCCCACGCAAUGGGGAAAGUUGUACCCUACUCACGCACCCGUGUCUUCUGCAGCCUUCGAUAUCACACUCCUAACGGUGCUUCUUAGAAAUAUCUGUGGUUUGGGCCCUCCUGCCAAUGGAUGGGAUCGUCUUCCCCUCGCUACAGACAUAAGUAUCGCAGAUGACAUCGCUAGAGUUAAGUAUUACAGGAACACUGUAUACGGCCAUGCUUCUCAAGCCUCUGUGGAUGACAGUAGUUUCAGUGCUUACUGGCAGGAAAUACGAGAAGCUUUGAUGAGACUGGGAGGAGCUCAUUUAAGGGCUGAAAUCGACAAUCUUGAGCACAACUGCAUGGAUCCAGAUAUCGAGGAGCAUUAUCGUCAACUGAUGAAACAAUGGAAGAAGGACGACGACAGCAUCAAAGACAAGCUUGAGGAAAUUGAAAGUAAGAAAAACAUUAUCCACUGCCAAUGUGUAUGAAUCAGAAGGCUACAAAAGUAUGUAUUUCCAGUUAACACAGCAGUGCAGGCUAGCUCGUGAAGUUUUCAUUUUGGUUGGAACUAGUCUUAUAUUUGGAAGGUAUUUUUACGUCAUGUGUGAAAAAUGAAGAGUUAACCCUAAUGUUGACUUCCUAAUUCGUUAGAUUUUACCCGCAUAUUCUUGAACAGACUAAUGCAAUCCUUCCUCCACUCAAAUUCUUUUGUAGAGUAUUCCAUUUUACAUGAACAAAAUUCCUGAAUGAGGGCUGUGUUAAUAAAAAGGGGCAGGAGAAGGCGUAUGUGGCUAUUUUAAUUGUCCCGAGCGAAAUACUGUGAACGAAACUUCACAAUGCAUUGCAGGCAGAUCUCUGGUUUGUGUCAGCGUUUUUCUUUUUCUAUGAUUAAACGACCUGAAAACGAGGGCGGAAAAGCGUUCUUUGGUUUUUUUUAAUUAGUUCUUACAAUGUUGCUUUUUACCGACAAAAAUCUUACUCAGACUAUCGACUCUAAUGAUAUCAAUAUUUAUCUCCCGAGUUUCGCUAUCAGAAACCGCUGAAGCCGAGCCAUAAGUUUUUUUUUCGAAUGUUUAUAAAAUUUUAAAAAAAAUAACAAAAAAACAGAGGAAGGGAAAAGGAUCUAUUUAGUUAACUUUUAAUAAAUAAAGUGACUCUCACUCGGACUAAAAGUUCCAAUGUUAUUCCACGAAAGGGUCUUUUGAGAAAAUGAUAGGCGAAAUGGUAAAGAUGGACAGCGAACUGAAAGAAGUGAAGGAAAAGCUGUGUACUUUGACAGCCUCAGUGGGAGAAAGCAAGGAUGAAGGUCAGUUGAAUUAUACAGUAAAAGUUAUCCUGCUUAACCGCAAAUUUCGCCGUAGUCAACAUGGCCUGUAUGUGAGAGAGGGAGAGAUCAUCCUAUGCUAAAGAGAUUCAGUUUUUCAAUUUAGUCAAUCUCUGGAAUAAUCUCUACGGUGUACUUUCAUUCCCUCCAAUUGUUCAAACUUUCACCCGUAAUUAGCCUAGAAAACUUUGUAUUUUUAUUAGAGUGGAGAACGAAGUAAAACGAAGUACAGUUUUAACGAAAACAUUGGCAUUGAGUUCGGCUCGAUGUUAGAAAUUAACAGAGUACGUUCCACUGCAUUUACAAGCCAAAUAGCUUUUGGUCAGGUAAUUGACAUGAAUCAUACAUUGAUACCUUUUUCAUCGUCCAAGUAAUUUCUUUGGCAGUGGUGUCGUACUCGUUCACUAAAUUCAGUGCCGAAUACCUAGUAGCAUUAGAUGUAAUCCGCAUAUUUCUGAAUAAAAUAACUAAACCCUUCCUGCGCUCAUAUUGUGGAGUAUUCAAUUCUACAUGGGAAAAUAGUUGAAUGAGGAUCGUCUUGAGUAAAAAAAAUUCCUAAGGAAAAGACUGUAGGAAAAACCUCCCACUUCAUCGCAGGCGAGCCCCCGGUUUGCAUCGUCCAAGUAAUUUCUUUGGCAACGGUAUCGUACUCAUUCACUUAUUUAAAUCCGGUGCCGAAUACCAGAGAGGCACCACAAUUUUCAAUGCUGCAUUCAUCAGAUUUCUUACUUAUUUUGCUACUGCUAGGUAUAUUUGAUCCAAGUGAGCUUAUCAAUGGAAUUCGCCAGCUGUACAAGACUCGCGAGGGAUGGCUCUCACCAUUUCCAUGGUGUGAAGAGUUUCAGUUUUUUCUUGGAAAUAUUUUUACAAGGCUCAAAGUGGUCAGAAGAAAGAAAACGAGAGGAGAAAUCACUGACGUAUUUGUUGAGAUGUCAUCAAUACUAGACCCAUAUGAAGAUUGUUCAGCGCCGAGAACAGUGUUGAUUGAAGGAGAACCUGGUAUGGGAAAAACCACCUAUUGUAAAAAGUACGCCUACAACUGGGCCACAAACUGCGGCUCAACAGCAUUUAAAGUGGUAUUAUUGUUGAAAUGUCGAGACAUCCAUUCUGACGUCUGGGAAGCCAUUGAUGAUCAGCUGCUGUCCCUAGACAUCGAUGAAAAAGUCAAACGACAAUUUUUUCAGUUUAUGCGUGAAAAUCAGUCCAGCAUUUUAUUGAUAUUGGAUGGAUUGGAUGAGUUACCAUCCGGCAAAUUGUCGAUGUUUUCCGAAUUAAUUGAAGGAAAAGUACUCCCCAGAUGCCACAUAGUUGCAACAGCAAGACACGAAGCUGGAAAAGAGGUGAGAAAAUGUUGUGACGCGCUGCUUCAGAUCGAAGGAUUCACUGAAAAGCAUGUGAAAGGAUUUGUCACCAAGUACUUUAAAGAAAGGACGGAUUUAGCCACCAAGCUCUCGCAACGGAUGUCGCAAGAUAAAAACCUGAGAGAAAUAGCGGCCAAUCCUCUAAACACAGCACUUCUUUGCCUUUUAUGCGAAGAGUCUGAAGGCACACUCCCCGAAAGCAGAGCUCAACUGUACUUGGAUAUGGUUGAAUGUGUUUUGAGAAGAUAUAGAAAAAAAAGGGACUACUGGAAACGAUAG